AUGACUGGUCCAAAGGGUACAACCGGUACCAAAGGCCUACCAGGUAGGAAUGGAAGGCGGGGAAAAAGAGGACCGAGAGGAAAUACCGGACCAGCCGGAGCGAAAGGAGGAAAAGGACUGAGCGGAAUGAAAGGUUACAAAGGCAACAACGGUAUGAAAGGUAACAAAGGAGCUAAAGGACUUAAAGGAAACGAAGGAUCGAAAGGAUAUAAAGGUCUUAAAGGAAAUAAAGGAUACAAAGGUCAGAAAGGACAGAAAGGAUAUAAGGGAAUGAAAGGCGUAAAAGGAGUUAAGGGACAAAAAGGAUACAAAGGGAAAAAAGGACAAAAAGGGCAAAAAGGAUAUAAAGGAAUAAAAGGAAUAAAGGGGAACAAAGGAAAUAAAGGUAUGAAGGGAUACAAAGGAGAAAAGGGACAAAAAGGAUAUAAAGGCUAUAAAGGAAUGAAGGGAUAUAAAGGACAAAAAGGACAAAAGGGAUAUAAAGGGAAUAAAGGACAGAAAGGAUAUAAAGGACUUAAAGGACAAAAGGGAUAUAAAGGAAAAAAAGGCACGAAAGGUUAUAAGGGGUACAAAGGACAAAAAGGAUAUAAAGGAGACAAGGGUGAUAAAGGUAUGAAAGGAUAUAAAGGACAGAAGGGAUAUAAAGGAAAAAAAGGAGUGAAAGGUAACAAAGGCUUAAAUGGUCAAAAAGGUUUUAAAGGAUCCAAGGGAAUAAAGGGAUCAAAGGGAUAUAAAGGACAGAAAGGUACAAAAGGAUACAAAGGACAAAAAGGUUCUAAAGGCUACAAAGGCCAAAAAGGACACAAAGGAAUUGAAGGACAGAAAGGUAAUAAUGGAUACAAAGGAAUGAAAGGAAGCAAAGGUUACAAAGGGCAGAAAGGAUAUAAAGGGUAUAAGGGAUCAAACGGAAAUAAAGGAUUAAAAGGACAGAAAGGACAGAAAGGCGUAAAAGGCUCCAAAGGACAAAAAGGAUUAAAGGGAUAUAAAGGUAAAAAAGGACACAAAGGUCACAAAGGAAUGAAGGGAAAUAAAGGCUUUAAAGGACAAAAAGGUCUUAAGGGAUAUAAAGGACAGAAGGGAUUAAAAGGAUAUAAGGGACAGAAAGGAUAUAAAGGUUACAAAGGUAUGAAAGGAAUUAAGGGGGGAAAAGGACAGAAAGGACAUAAAGGAUACAAAGGACUAAAGGGAUAUAAAGGACAAAAAGGACAAAAAGGUAACAAGGGAUUUAAAGGUAUGAAAGGGAAUAAGGGAUACAAAGGGAUUAAAGGAUUUAAAGGAGAAAAAGGUCAGAAAGGGUUUAAAGGUUAUAAAGGAUCGAAAGGAUCGAAAGGAUAUAAAGGACAUAAAGGUAUCAAAGGAUACAAAGGUCAUAAAGGGUAUAAAGGUAGAAAGGGUACGAAAGGGUAUAAAGGUUAUAAAGGUCAAAAGGGAAAUAAAGGCUACAAGGGACAAAAAGGAUAUAAAGGACACAAGGGAUACAAAGGAUUCAAAGGUAUAAGUGGACAGAAAGGACAGAAAGGAUUUAAAGGUUACAAAGGUAUGAAAGGACUAAAAGGAUCCAAAGGACAAAAAGGCAUAAAGGGACAGAAAGGACAGAAAGGAUAUAAAGGUUACAAAGGCCAGAAAGGAAAUAAAGGGUAUAAAGGUGAAAAAGGUUAUAAAGGAUUAAAGGGAAUGAAAGGAUAUAAAGGUAAUAAAGGACAGAAAGGAAUAAAAGGUAUCAAGGGCCAAAAAGGAUAUAAGGGCCAGAAAGGAAUGAAAGGAUACAAAGGACAGAAAGGAUAUAAAGGAUAUAAAGGAACGAAAGGACAGAAAGGAUACAAAGGACAAAAAGGACAGAAAGGAUACAAAGGAUAUAAAGGACAAAAAGGAAACAAAGGUACCAAAGGACAAAAGGGAUAUAAAGGUAUUAAAGGAAUGAAAGGAUACAAGGGAAAUAAAGGACAGAAAGGACUGAAAGGUUAUAAAGGAUUUAAGGGUCAAAAGGGACAAAAAGGUUUUAAAGGACAAAAAGGUUAUAAAGGUAUGAAAGGAUUAAAAGGAUACAAAGGAUUCAAAGGACAGAAAGGUUAUAAAGGACAAAAGGGAGAAAAGGGGUACAAAGGAAGUAAGGGUAUGAAAGGUGAAAAAGGAUAUAAAGGUGAAAAGGGAAUCAAAGGGCAAAAGGGUCAGAAAGGAUAUAAAGGAUACAAAGGUCAGAAAGGAUAUAAAGGAGUCAAAGGAAUAAAAGGAUACAAAAGUAGCAAGGGACAAAAAGGGUAUAAAGGAAGCAAGGGAAUGAAAGGAUUCAAGGGACAAAAAGGAAGAAAAGGAUACAAAGGAUUUAAAGGUCAAAAGGGUUAUAAAGGGAGUAAGGGGCAGAAAGGCAUUAAAGGAUACAAAGGACAAAAAGGAUAUAAAGGUGACAAGGGAAUGAAGGGAUACAAAGGAAAUAAGGGCCAGAAGGGGUAUAAAGGAAUCAAGGGAAUUAAAGGAGACAAAGGACUGAAAGGAGACAAAGGCUACAAAGGAUAUAAAGGUCAGAAAGGACAGAAAGGAUACAAAGGAUAUAAAGGACAGAAAGGUCAAAAAGGUUACAAAGGAUACAAAGGAAUGAAAGGACAGAAAGGUAACAAAGGAUAUAAAGGACAAAAAGGUAACAAGGGAUUUAAAGGAAUGAAAGGAUACAAAGGUUAUAAGGGACAGAAAGGAUAUAAAGGGCAAAAGGGAUACAAAGGUACCAAAGGACAAAAAGGUUAUAAAGGACAGAAAGGCUAUAAAGGAACGAAAGGCGAUAAGGGAAAAAGAGGGCAACGAGGAGAAAAGGGACCGAAAGGCUUUAAAGGGGAGAAAGGCGAGAAAGGAACACAAAAGGGACAAAUGGGUACGUCCUUACUUAUAUCUGUCAUUGUCUAA